CCCUUUCUGUUUCUGCAGCUCUGAAGGAAAUAAAAGCCAAGGUCCACUGAGAGUGGAGACUGGCUGCAGAAGACUCGCCCACUCUUGGUUACGUUGCGCACGUCUUGGAAAAGAAAAAAGUAUACCUGCUCUGACCCAGUCUUGGUUGCGCAUCCAGUAAAGGGGGUUUCAGUCUGCAUUCUUCCUAAAAAAAAAAAAGAAAACUCAGUUUUAACAAAUCAUCGACCAGAGAUGUCUCUUCAUAGGAUUUUUCGUGCUGUUAUUAUGGGACCUCCUGGGUCGGGGAAAGGAACAGUAUCUGCGCGCAUUACCAAAACUUUUGGACUGAAACACAUUUCUAGUGGGGACAUUUUGAGAGCAAACAUCAACGCAAAAACCGAGCUCGGUCUGCUGAUGAAGUCCUGUAUUGAUCAGGGUCAGCUGGUACCCGAUGACGUCAUUUCCCGUCUCAUCCUGCGUGACCUGAGAGAAAUGGAACAGAACAGCUGGCUGCUCGAUGGUUUCCCUCGUACAGUAUCCCAGGCAGACGCUCUCGAUGACGCCUACACUGUGGAUACAGUCAUCAACCUCAAUGUACCUUUCCAGACCAUCAAAGAAAGACUGACCUCUCGCUGGACUCACCUUCCCAGCGGCAGAGUUUACAACACAGAUUUCAACCCACCUAAAGUUACUGGUUUAGAUGAUGUGACAGGGGAACCUCUGGUCCAGAGGGACGAUGACACACCAGGAACGGUCACACGGAGACUAAAGUCCUAUGAGACCCAGACAGAGCCAGUCUUAGAGUAUUACAGGAGUAAAGGUGUGCUACAGACCUUCUCUGGCACAGAAACAAACAAGAUCUGGCCACACGUUGAGGCUUUCCUUCACCGAAAACUCCCCACUGCCAACAGGAAUGUUGCAUAGAAAGCGUGGAUAAGAAAGGCACAAGAAGGGAUCAAGUUUACCAGCAGAAACCACUCCAUACACCGACCAAUCAGGUGCCACUUUCUGUGAAACAAGAGGUGUGUAAUAUAAAUCUGAUGAAUGUUCAAAAAACUAGGAGCAAGCUCAUACAGUUUAUGUCAGGAAGCAAUAGUAAGACUACAGAUUCUGUUGGGAAAACUCCACUAUGUCAGGACUUUUUUUGCAUUACUUUGUCUUGUUUCCACAAUGCUGCAAAGUUUUGGAAACUCAGGACGUGUGCAUAAAAAUCCCUCAAGCAUUCGAUCUAAGAACUGAAAAAUAUUGUCUCUUUAUUCCAUAACGUGCCUUUAUAAAGCCAGGAGACGUCAUUGAAUCAAAACAUCCAGAUCUGUAACAGCAGAACAUCAAGCCUGUGUUCAUGAGAAAUGUUCAAGGCAUGUCCUCUCUGGUGAAAGCAACCAAGGAGAGGAACUGUGCAUACAUUUUUAACGUUUAGGUUUUCAAUUUUUUUAAUUCUUGUUAUAGUUGGUGGCAGCAAAACAAAAAAUUGGGCAAACACAACAAUAUGUUGAGCUAAAUAAGAAUCUUUCCAGCUUUUUUUCUUAUCCUUUAAAUCCUUUUAAUCCUUUAAAACCAAUAUUGCAUGGGCUUUUCAGUCCCAAUAUGGUAUAGAACUGGACUGUUUCUUGUGUACAUUCAAAUGCAAUUAAACAUAUGUGCUCUUUCUUUCUCGGCCAUUAAAAACUAAAUAUAAAUAAAGACAUGGAUAAAUAACAAAAACAAGAAAUAAGAAAUCCAGUCAAUGAAAAUGACUGCAAGUUAUGUAAUGUACGGUGUAUGAUGUUCAUUAUUCUUAAUGCCUGUCUGUCUUUGAGGCAGCUCUAAUGAUCUGUAAAAGUUUUCCAGAGGUAACAAGUCAUUUUUACUGUCCUUGUUUGUGGUCUUGUUCAGUCAGGUUGCCAAUCUACACCAAUAUGCCUCCUGUAAGGAUGCUCUAUAUGAUGUUCCUGGUCAUAAUUAACCAGUGUUUUUUGUGGGCAUGUCAUAGUUAUUUAAGACAUCUCAUCUCUUGAUGACGCAGCCAGUGUUACAGAGCUGGAGAGAGAGAGAUCUGAUGAAUGAAGUUCUUCACAGUUUCCACAGCGACACCAUUAAAGUAAAGUGGUGUUCCAUUUUUGUACACCAUAUGGAUUAGUCUCUCACCUCCUGCCUACAGGCGUUUGCAUCAUCAUCAUCAGUCCAAUCACUGUGGCAUCAACUGUGAACUUCACAUCUGCUGUUGUUAUAUUUGGCAUGUGAACAGACCGUAGAGUGACAGACUGAGGCAACAACCUUGCAGUGCUCUUAUGUUGAACUAUGGUAGACGAAUGUCUGAGGUCUGCCUGUCAAAGAAUCAUGUAACCACUCACAGAUCGCCGAGUUUAGAUGGUACAGUGGUAUUAAAUGCAGAGCUGUAGUCAGAACAAUAACAUUCUCACAUGAGUGUGGAGUGGACAAACGUCUUAAAAGGGAAUUACGCCAUGUUCUACAAAUGAUUGUAAAUUCACUGUUGCACUUUUCCGUGCCUUCCGCUGCUUUUGAACAUGUAACAGGUAGCUCAGUGAAUGUAGUUUGUAAAUACUUUUUAUGCAUACGGACCACAGAUUGAAUAAUGUAUAAACUGAUCACACUUUCUUAUACUGAAUAUUUUUUAAUUAUUUAAUUAAAUCAACGUUUAACAGCUUCUUUCGACCACCUCGAGUCUUAUUAUUAGUGUUGCCUUUUAAAGUACACCACAUUGUUUCCAUUUUAACCGGAUACUUCUUGUUGUGACCAACUCUAUACAUGUAUAAUGUUAUCUGACAUUUAAUGUGAUUGAACAUUUGAAAACCUUAAAUAAAUGUAUUAAUGUAGAAGUUUAUCAUCCUGUUAAUAGAUCGCAGCGUUCAAGUUUGAUCUGCAUUUCUGCGUUUUUGUCUUACAAUACUGCAUUGUGAUGUUCAGCCACAGAAAUGCUAACUUGCCUUUCAUUGUGCUGUAGAUUUAUGCAACAAAUGUUUCCUGAAUUGUACCAUGCGUAUUUCUAAAGACUUGAAUAUUCAAACGCACAUCUCCUCUUCAUUGACAGCUUACAACUGUGUCAUGAGUGUUGUUGAUACUACUGUAUGCAGUACAUUAAUGUAAUGUCAGUCAUAAUAACACAACUGGAUAGCUUAUUGGUCAUUGUUUUAAUUUUUGAUGUAUUGAUUUUGACAGUUAACACACCGGCCCCUAAAACAGACAUUUUAAAAGAGUACUCCACCGAUUCUGCAUUGUGCUCCUAUAAACACUGUCAGACUCAUGAUGGACAGUUACAAAAAGAAAAAACAUCAGAAUCGUCGCAGCAGAAACAAAAGGGCAGAAGAUAAGGGUUCGGGUGUCUUAUGCCACUAGCAGCUAAAAGCAGCCAAGGCCCUUGAGCCGCUAACUUCAAGGGGAGGUCUGAGAAACGUCUUCUUUCUAAACCCCCUGAUGUUUUCAACAAUAAAACCAACAUUUCUUAUAUGUAUCACACUUUAAGAAGCUCCAUCUGGAGCCACAAAAGGCAAAAAACUCAACUUUUGUCAAACGUGUGGUAAUAAGUUUAUAAUAUUCCUCAAGAAAAUCUGUGUAGUUGGUGACUGUGGGAAUGGUUUAAUGCUGUUGCAUUUUUAGUGUGUAAUUACUGCAGGUCUACAAAGAACUGGAGCAGGUGACAACAAGACACAAACAUUGAGCACUGGUUUUAUAUUUGACUUGCUGAUGGUGACAGGAGAAGCCAGAUCUUACAAAGUGUAACAGGUGAUAUUCUGAAAGCUCACAGCUCAGUGACAGACAGUCUCAGACCAAGUCUCUCAGUCUUACACUCACAAAUUUUGUAAUAAUCUUAAAAUAAUUUAGGAAGUUGUGACACCAUGGACACUGGCCACAGGUUUGGUACAGCAGCUUAAGCCAUACAAUAAUUUUUGCAUAGUUAAUAAGUCACCGUGGACAAAA